AUGGGUGGUACACAGUCCACAGAGUCUCCGCGGGAAAGCUCCCUUUCCAAGCUUCCAAAUGACUGCUGGAUGCAUGUCCUUGACCAACUUUCCCUGGAAGACACUCUAUCAGUGCUGUUAACGUGCAAGAGCUUGGGGGCCAUUGCCAAGCCUUUUGUCUAUCGCAAGAUCGACUGGAAGUGGACGGAAACCCCCCUGCGGCGAGCUCUUCAGCUGCUUCGACUGAUAUUUAAGAACCAGGAGAUCGCAUCUUACGUGCAUCAUGUUCAUCUACUAUCGUCCUCUAGAAAGGAACCAUGGUCCGAUAUUGCAUCGGACAUGGACUGGAAGGAUGGGAUUAAGGAAUAUGAGGAUGUUGUAGAGCAGACAAUUGAUCUUGUUCAGCGGGCCCAGUUCUCCGAUAUGUGCGAGUGGACCAGCGCCCUUCGCGAUGGUAACUUCUAUGCGUUUGUGUCCAUCUUGCUCUCUCAACUUGGCAAUCUAAAAUCUCUCCGCUUGGAUUACUCGUUUAUCUGGUGUGGUGGAUACCCAGGUCGGAUGUUAAAACAGGCAUUGCUCUCACCAAACGGAGUUCUCUCAAGGUUCGAGCACCUGCGCGUGGUAGACUACGGCGGAAAUGUUCCCAUGCCAGAGGAAUCUGGAAUACAUAUUGAGCCUAAACUUGGGGGGUUCCCUGCAUCCUAUAACCAGGAUCAGUUUAUGGCUUGGUUUUGUCUACCAACGGUUCAACAUCUAGCAAUAUGGUUACGAGACACAAAGAAACUUGAAGAUAUAGAAUUUAAUCUGGACCGUCUGCAGACUCUUGUUCUCUCCCGAGUUACAGUCUCUGGAAAAGAUGUGAGAUUUAUUCUCUCAAAGGUGCGGAAUCUAAAAAAUCUUCAUGUGGGAAUGGCCUAUCAACACCCCACACAAAUAGCCCUUGCAGAUGGCCAUUUCCUGGUUGAAGGGCUGUUAUCAGUUAGCCAUACUCUCGAGAGACUUUCUCUGGGGGUUGAGUAUUACCCUUUUAACCUGGGAGACCGUGAAUGGGACCAGGAGGAUGAUCGACUGCUCAAGCCAUUUUUAAAUAUUUUAAAGAAGUUUCCCAAGCUCCGUGUGGCGGAAAUACCAGUACCAAUUCUAUGUGGAUGGGAUAAAGACUGCGCCCCAGAUUUAAAUACUCUCUUACCGGAGACACUUUGUGAGCUCCAUCUUCGGGAUGAUCUGUCGGGCAUGUUUGACUACGAAUGGGACGAGAUUGAUAUAAUAGAGUACGUAAGACAAUUUGUCGGGCAUUGUUGGUUCUCUACACCUAUGCUCAAACAUAUCACUCUUCGACUUUGGAUUGAGACCUUUUCAAUCCUCUGGCCCGAUGAAGAGCAGGAGCUACGCCUUGCUUGCCAAGAGAUUGGCAUUGACCUGAGUUUUGUUGUAGAUGAUCUAUCCCUUGGUUUGUGGGUGCUGAGAGAUCUAUGA